AGCUCAACGGGCUCGAGAAGAAAGCCUGCGAAUCUCUCGGAUGUGGUCAGCUCGUCUGGCGAUACCACUGAUCUCGCACGAAAUCUCGGUUCUUACUUAAACACGAAGAUACCUCCAAGUCUAAGUAUUUGCGUUCUCAUAGUUCUCUCCGUCGCAGCAUUCGCUUUGAUACUGAUGGGAACGUUCCACAUUCCAUUCUGUCAUGUACAACCGAUGAUUCCUAUCUGGCUCACAGUCGCUGGAGUACUUUUCAUUAUGACCGCAACACUUCGCAUUUUUCGCAUGAUUCCGUCUCCACGGAGCGGGCACCGAUCUCAAUCAAAGUCACUUGACCUCUGCUGCCGAAUUAGCGAGGGUCUUUUAGUUGUCGUCAACAUCGUUUGGUUGACAUUAGGAUGUAUAUGGGUAUAUGGCAGUAAACCAUAUGUGCACUUUGAAGAACACAUGUUUGAAGAGCACUACUGUGAUCGGGCUCUCUACUGGGUAGCAUUUUGGACAUGCACUCUUUAUUUGGUGAGAAUAUUACUUGUGUUCGCUCGUUUACAUUAUUCACCUCAAGGAUUUCCAAAAUAA